AUGAAUAGCCUGUUUGUAGCAUUUCUUUUUCUUGUACUGAGCAGCUGCGGAGAUGCCAGGACUAAAAUCAGCGGGCGGAUAGUGGGUGGUGACGACGCUGCUGACGGCUUAGCGCCAUAUCAAAUCUCACUUCAAACCGAUUUGUUAGGUGAUAAUGUUCAUAUAUGUGGAGGUUCCAUUAUAAGCGACCACUGGAUUGUAACGGCAGCCCAUUGUAUUGACGAAGUUUCCUCUGAAAAUUUGACAAUAGUCGUAGGAACAAAUUCACUUUCUCGUGACGGUCAACGUUAUAAACUUGAAAAGUGCAUCUCACAUGAAAACUACUCAAGGGAAACCGUGAAAAAUGAUAUAGGCUUAUGUAAAGUGUCUACUAACAUCACUUAUGGAGAGAAAAUUCAACCAAUAAAAUUGCCUUCGAGUGAUGUUGAAGCCGGCAAAAAAGCUUUGCUUACGGGAUGGGGAUAUACUGAUUUCGACACCAGGAGAGCUCCUGAUAAACUUCAAAAAGCGAUACUAAAAACUCAAACUCUAAAGCAAUGCAAUCGAAACUUGAAAGAUUUUGAAACGAUCCUACCAAUUGAUAAAAAGCAGGUCUGCGCAUACGCUGGCAGGGGAACAGGAGGAUGCUCAGGAGACUCGGGAGGUCCAUUGGUAAUUAACGGAACAUUAAUAGGAGUGGUUUCGUUUGGAGUACCAUGCGGUGAAGGUUAUGAUGAUGUUUUCACAAAUGUAUACGCUUACGUAGACUGGAUACAUGGGAAAAUGUAAAACUGUCAAAUCUGCGGAGUAUUAAUUUUAAAGUUG